CCCCCGGCCGUGUUCCACGACGAGGUGGAGAUCGAGGACUUCGAGUACGACGAGGAGACCGGGACCUACAGCUACCCGUGCCCCUGCGGGGACCGAUUCCUCAUCACGCGGGAGGACCUGGAGAACGGGGAGGACGUGGCCACCUGCCCCAGCUGCUCCCUGAUCCUGCGCGUCAUUUACGAUCAGGAGCAGUUCAUGCGGGAUGAAGUCGUGGCAGAACCCUUGCCAAACAAGGAAUUGGUCAAGUGCUGAUGAAUGCAUCGCGGACUGUGCUGCUUUGGGAUGAGAAAGUAUGGGGAUGGUGACUGUGCAAAGAGUUGUGGUUCUCCUUCUGGAAGUGCUUACUGCUGUGGGAUACAAGUACAAUAACUGUCUGUCUUCUUAACAUGAAUGAGAGUUUGCUGGGACAUCAAACGCAUGAGUGCAUUUUGUUCCAAAGGGUUAUACUUUAAAAAAUUAUAGAAGUUGCUCUGUGUAUUCCAGAAGACUAGAGGAUUAUGAUCCUGAUUUACAGCAAGUCAAUACACAGAAAAAGAGUGUGGAGUUGGGAAACUAUAGCAUUUAGUGUAGCAGGGGCUUCUUAGCCUAUGGAGAAAAACAGGCUUUAUGGGGGUGUGAGUGUGAAAUGACACAGAGCUGAAAUGUUGGGAGGCGAGAUUUAGGAGUCCAUAGGAUGCAAUGCCAUACAGAGUUGACACAGUGCAGCUUUUCCCAGGAUGUGGGCUCAUGUACUUCCAGCCCAUACUGAAUAUGAAGGGAAAAUGAGACCCAGAGCUGACAUUUACCAGUGUUGGUAAAUUGUCUUUACACCUGUAAGCACAGGGAAGGUGCAGUUGUCCAUGUAUCUGCUGUGAGGGCAACACUUGAGCUGGGGCAGAUUUGUUUCUUCAAUUGCUUCUAAAGUUGCUUUGAAAUAACUUUGGUAGUUGUUACCAAAUGACUACGACAUAAUAAUGACACACUUUUGAGGGUGUUGUGUGAAAUGGAGUCAAUCUUUUUUUUUACCCCUACACCCUGCACCCUAC